CUCCUCUUAAAAUAAAAGCACUGUAUUCAAUAUGACAGUUGAGGUUAUGUUUAUUCCUUUGCACAGGUUAUAAAAUUAAAACCCAAAAAAUAUAUUAAACAUGCUAAAAUGAUUCAAUCAUCUGUGAUAAAACACGUACAAAGACUUAUUUCCCGUUCAACUCUAGCUGCAAAAAGAAAUUUUCACACAAACAUAAAUAAAAAAUUGUUUAAAAAGGCGGAUUUUGUGCAUGAAACUCAAAAACUACGAGUUAGAUCAACCUUAUAUUAUGUAGCAGCUGCGGGUGUAUUAACUGUAGGACUUAGUUAUGCUGCCGUACCCUUAUAUAGAAUGUUUUGUCAAGCAUACAGUUAUGGAGGUACAACUGCUUCCGGACAUGAUGCAAGUAAAGUUGAGACGAUGACAGUGAAUAAAAGAAGACCUAUUAAGAUUAGAUUUAACGCAGAUGUUGGGUCGAGUAUGAGGUGGAAUUUUAAACCACAACAAUUAGAAAUAACUGUGUUACCUGGAGAAACAGCUUUAGCUUUUUAUACAGCUUUGAAUCCAACAGAUAAUCCUGUUACUGGUAUUAGUACUUAUAAUGUUGUUCCAUUUGAAGCUGGACAGUAUUUUAAUAAAAUUCAGUGUUUUUGUUUUGAAGAGCAACAACUAAACCCACAUGAACAAGUGGAUAUGCCCGUGUUCUUUUACAUUGACCCAGAGUUUACAGAAGAUCCUAAAAUGGAAUUGGUAAAUGAAAUAACCUUAUCUUACACAUUUUUUGAAGCUAGGGAUGGUUUAAAAUUACCAGUACCUAGUUUUAUGAAGUAGUUAAUAAAAAAAGACAAUUUAGCAAGGACAUAAAA